AAGUAGGAAGUAAAAACUUUUACACCGAAUUCAUUGCAGUCAGAAAUGCUGACUAACUUUGUAAGAAGACAAUAAAGGAGCAAGCCGCUCACUUCCUGGCUCUUGAAUAAGGAGUUUGGCUGGCUGUUUAUCUGUGUUCACGCAAGAGCAAAACACAUAGAGAGAACAGUACAGUAAAAAACCAUAUCAUCAGAGGGAUUCGCCUGCUGCAGUUAUGGAAGCACAGACAACGCAAAAGGAUGAAAAGGCAGCAUCAGUAGCCAGCUCAAAGCGCACGUCUUCCUCCAAGCAUUCAGUGGCUAGCGCUGCGGCUAAGGCCAGAGCUGCAGCUGAAGCUGCACGCACCAGGGUCACAUAUGGACAAAAAGAGUUGGAAUUGAAAAAACAGAGAGCCAAAUUAGAUUUGGAAAAAGCUACACUAGAAGCAGACCUAGAAGCACUAGAACUUGAAAAAGAUGCUGCUGCUGCUAAUGCAGAGGCUGAGAUUUUAGAAGCUGCAGCACGAUCAGAAUAUGAGGACAUAGGCAGUGUCAUCAGGAGUGACGUCUCACCACAGGUAGUUCAACGGCGAACGGAGGCAUAUCUGAACCAUCAAGCUCAGACCAGGUUCAGUCCUGACACACCUGCCUCAGACACACUGUCCCCUCCCCAUAUAAAAGAGACACAGCCAAUGACAAGGCAGGAGGUCCCUGAAUUAAGCCCCAUCUACCGCCAUGUUGGUUCACCCACCACACCAAGACACACAAGGGCUUCUGCUAUUAAUCCAGCUGCUAACAUGAUGGACUUUGCUAAAUAUCUGGCACGCAGAGAGUUAUUAACGACAGGUCUUACCAAGUUUGAUGAUCAGCCUGAGAGCUUCAGAGCGUGGCAGUCCUCCUUCCUUAACGCCACUCAAGACUUACACCUAACAGCUAGUGAAGAGUUAGAUCUCCUGGUAAAAUGGCUAGGAAAGGAAUCAUCUGAACACAUUAAAAGAAUUCGAGCAGUACAUGUCACUAACCCUGAAGCUGCUCUUCAUAUGUCUUGGACAAGGCUCAGAGAGUGCUACGCCACCCCCGAAGUGAUAGAGAGUGCUCUAUUCAAACGGUUGGACAGUUUUCCUCGUCUCACUUCAAGGGAGAACAUCAAACUAAGAGAACUUAGCGACCUGCUCAUGGAGCUGCUCUCAGCCAAAGAUGAUGGAUACUUACCUGGACUCAGCUACCUUGACACACCUCGGGGCAUUAACCCCAUUGUUGAAAAGCUGCCAAUAAACCUGCAAGAAAAAUGGCUGUCUACUGGAUCAAGAUACAAAGAACAGUAUGCUGUAAGUUAUCCCCCGUUUUCCUUCUUUGCUGACUUUGUCAAUAGUGAAGCAAAAGCUAGAAAUGACCCCAGCUUUGUCUUGACAAACAACAGCCUCCCUUAUUGCCGUAAUGAGAGGCCCAUAGGAAAGCAUGACGGUGUGAGAACGACUAUAGCCGUCCAUAAGACGGACUUGUCAGCGGCUGCAGGUUCAAACUCAAUGUAUAGAGCAGAGAUGGAGAAGAAAAACAGUGGUGAUCCAGCUAAAUACUGCCCACUUCAUAACAAAUCUCAUCCUCUGGAAAAGUGCAGAGCCUUUAAAAUGAAACCGCUAACAGAACGAAAAGGAUUGCUAAGAGAUCACAGAGGAUGUUUUAGGUGCUGCUCUGCUACUCACAUGGCUAAAGACUGUUCUGUGGAGCUGAAAUGCUAA